AUGCUCUGCAUUUUGCUGUGGUGCCUCUGCGUGUACAAGGAGCUGCGACGCAUUUGGCUGGCCUUCGAGGCCACCCUGCAGAUCCCAAGAGCCAAGAAGAGCAGGAUGCAGAAUCACUGCUUUCACGCCCUGUCUGGCUGCCGCUUUGGCAUGCUCUUGAUGACUUACAUCGCUCGCACAGCCAUUGCUUCCGUGCUGCUGGUUGCUGGAAUUUUGUGGCUGGCCAGAACGACAUCCAUUACAGAACUCAUGUUAAAUGCAGUGGCAUUGAACGCCAUUUUGGAUGUUGAUGAGUUCCUGUUCAUUGGCAUGACGCCCAUCAAGAUUCAACACACCAUCAAAAGCCUCGAGCCCAUCAAAGUCAAUUACAGCCACCGUCGCAGCCAACGUGAGACAGCGGUGCAUUUUACGUUGAUUACGAUAACCGUGCUGUUGUCCUACAGUUUUUUGGUUGUCCCUCUGACCAACAACAUGUUGGCCGUGAAGACAGAACUGUGUGGCGGUAACCGGACCUUUGUGGUUGCCUACAACCCAGAAACCCAGACCACCUUUGGACUUGUCACGGCGCAAUCGCGUGGACUCGAAAGCAAUUUGUCGGCAUCGGAGAUGGCUGUGAAGUCGCAUAUCGGAACAACACCUGAGAUGGUACCUGGACCCAUCCCGGACUACAUCUUCUUCUCACAUAGCCGCAAGGUCUUUGAUUUGGACCGUACACGAUCCAUGGCGGAGGAAGCUUCACUGUAUCCCGUGUGCAUGGAGAAAGACAUCAUGCAGGAGACAGGUACCUUGCAUGGAGAUCCCACCAUGACUCCAUUGGUGCAGACCCUGCUGCGGAAUGCGGGGCUGGUCUUUGGCAGGCAAAUGGCUGCCAGUUGUCAGGAGCUUGUAGAGUUUUGUGACUUGCCUGAAGCCCAGUUGUUGCGGCUGGUGUGCGGUGACACUUGUGGAUGCACGAGUCCACUUUCUUCGCCUUGGCACAAGACUAAAGAUCAGGGCUUCAGCGUGUCCUGCCUACUGGAAGCAAACUGGCGGAAGAAGGACGUGAGUUGCGAGGAUGAUGAAAGCAGAGGUUGGGCCGAUUUCUGGCACAACUAUGCUCCGGCGGUAUCCUUCUUCUAUGGACGUGAUGUCACCCAGACCAUUCUCUGGAGUUACCAGAGCCAGGUGCUCGAGCUGAUGCUUUCCCAGGGCUGCUCACUACUUCAUAACUUCACCCUCUCCAUCGACCAGAUCCUGGGCGUGCCCUACUGUGAGGGGCAGCCAACCUUAUUCCAACCCUUGGCCACCAUCUGCCCUCAAAGCUGCGGUUGCACGGCCACGCCAACGCCCAGUCACUGUCCCAGUCGCUGCGCGAGCCGCUAG